AUGACUGAGAGUUUUUCUCAAGUCAGCCCAGCUAACAUUGAAUUAACUGCAGACGAAACAAUAAAUGAGAUCAAUCGUUUGCGCAAUAAUUUAUCGGCAAUGUUGGGUACAGAUAUGAACGUAGGGACUGAAGAAACUCAGCUAGUUUCUAAAACAGCUACACAAGUGGAUAUGGAAACUACACAAGAAAUCCAAACAGAUAUGAGUUGCUUGAAAAAUGCUACAAAAUCAGAUGUAUCAAUCCAAGAUGAAUUCCUUAUAGAAGCUGACUCUCAGACUACGUUCCAAUUAGAAACUGUAGGAAUUCAGACACUGCUUGCUGAACAUGGAAAAACAACCCAAACUGAACUUCAAGGAAAAGAAUUUCUUGUAGAAGCCGACUGUCAAACAGUUCUGCUACAAGAGAGUACCAGUGCACAAACUUUGCUGACCACAGAUGAAACUUCAGUUCAAACUGGAGUUCAAGGAAUAGAAUUUCUAACAGAGGCCGCCUCCCAAACAAUCCUUCCGCUAGAGAGCAGAGGAAUACAAACCCUUCUCACGGAGCGAGAUAACACGACUCAGACCGGAAUUCGAGGUACUGAGUUCUUUGAAGAAAUUAACACUCAAACGGGCUUCGUAAGCGACUGCACCGGGGUGCAAACGGUUUUUGCUGAACGCGAAAAUUCAACCCAAACAGGACUUCGAGGAUCUGAUUUCCAUUACGACUGUUCUGCUCAAACAGAUGUUUCUGCAUUUGACUUAAUUUUUGACCGUCCAACUCAGACCGAGUUGUCUGCAUUUGAUAUGCUUUUUGAGCAUCAUACCCAAACAGAUUUUUCAAUAUUUACUUCAGCAAAAGAAGCAAAUACGCAAACGCAGUUUACGACGGUAUAUCCAGAACCAGAAAAAUCUUUGCAAACAGAAUUCUCAACAUUUGUGAUUUCUGAUGCAUCUGCUCAUGACAUUGCCGAUAAAUCAGUUAUUCAAACUAAAGAUACAAUUACUCAAACUGAAAAUGGAGAAUUCCAAGAAACUAUCCUAAGUAAGACAAGUUUGUCUACAUCAGCAUCACAAACGGAAGCCGCAUACAGUGGCAAAGAGCUUUCAGAUGCCGCCGUAGGUGAAAUUAUCUUCCAAAAUACAAGAAACGAUCAUGUGCAAGUGCAGGCUUCACAAGAAAAUGUAGGAACUCAGACGGCAUUAGAGACGUCCGAUGUCACAGCUGAAACUCGAAUAGAGUUGGAGUGCAGAAGUAGUCAAACUGAAAGAGAAGGCGAGACAGAAGUUGCCCAUAAAACUGUUGAUCAAAGUGUGCUUAUCUCAGAAAGUAUGAAUGAUCCAUAUAAGAAAGGUAAAGUUGAAGUUAUAAGUAGUAAAAUGAAUACAGAAUUAACUGUACAAAACAAAUCAGUUCAAACCACCCUAACCAACUACGAGUUAGACAGAUUUUAUGAAGACAAAAUCAACAUAAAGUUUGCAAAAUCUCUCUCAUCACCAAAUCUCCAUCACGAAAAGACGGAACAAAUUUGCGAACUUUGUAUGAUUCGGUUAGAAAAGAAGAAAGAAAGAGAGAAGAAGACAGAUGUAUCAGUUAAAGAUGAGAAAGUUCAAACAGCAGUGCCUUUUGCUAAACAAGCAGUGCUUAUUGGGCGUGAAGAAACAGGGACAGAAGCAAAGGGUCCAGUAACUGAACUGUCAAUGGCCGAUGCCAGCACUCAAACGGUAGUGCUAAAAGAAGGAGUGAUAGAGAAAGAACAAAGAAGAGCAGUGGAAAAAGGAACAGAGACCGAACUUUUACUAUCUGAUGCAAACACUCAGGUGAUAGUAGCAGUAACUGAAGUUUCGGUAAAUACAGAACACGAGAAGCGAAUCACAGUAGAUAAAGAGGUAGAUAUUAGAACGCCAUUAGUUGACGUAGAUGUUCAGUCAGCGCCACCUACAACUGAGAAAUCUGUAGCAACAGAACUUGAGAAAAAACAGGUCGAAGAAAAGGAAACAGAAACUGAACUAUCAGUGGCUGGUAUCGAUGUCCAAGCAGUGGUUAAAAUGGCAGAAAAAGCCGUGACCACCGAGCCCAAACGAAAAGAAAGUGAAGAAAAAGAGAUAGAAGCUAAAAUAUCAGUGGUUGAUGCUGAUAUCCAAGCAGUAGUACCAGUGACCGAGGAAGCAGUAGCCACAGAGCUCAAAAAAAAACUGACUGAAGAAAAAGAGACAGAAACUGACCUAACUGCUGUUAACAUCAAUCUUCAAGCUAAAGCAGCAAAAACUGAAAAAGCAACCCCUACAGAAAGCCUUACACUUACAAAAAGAGAAGCACAAGAAAAAGCAGUAGGAACCGAAUUUUUAGUAGUAGUAACAAUGAUUGAGGAAGGGUCGGUUACAGAGUACAGAGAGCGAGAGGCAAAGGAGGAAGAAACAGAAACUGAACUAUUCGUAGCGGAAGCCGAAAUUCAAGCAGUCGUUAGUGUGGCUGACAAAUCGGUAGCGACAGAACAGAAGAGAAAGAACGCAAUGGAAAAAGAGACAGAAACAGAAACUUCACUUGCAAACGCUGACACCCAAGCCGUAGUUCCAGUGACUGAAAAAGCAGUGACAACUGAGCACAAAAAAAUUGAAUUUACUAAAACAACAGAAAGAACUGAAGUACACCUGGCUAACAUUGCUACUCAAACACAAACAACAUCAAAUACAAAAGCUGUAGCCACAGAGAGUGAAGAAAUAGAUGCCAAAGAAAUGGGAACAGAAACCGAAAUAUCGCUAACAGACGAAAACACACAAACAGUGAGACAAGUGACUAAAACACCAACAUUUAUGGAAGGCAGAGGAACAAAGGAGACGGAAACAUGGGCAGAGAGUGAAAUAUACUCAACAAACGCCAACAUUCAAAGAGUAAAAACAGUGGCUGAGAAGGCAGUGGAAACAGAAAUUAAGAGGCUGGACGUUACAGAAAUGGGAACC